AUGAAGCAAGUAUAUGUGGACAAGCAGGACCAAGAGAAGUCCAAUAAGAAGGAGGAAGAGCCACAAGCUUCAAGGAAAGGAAAGCAAGUCAUGGAAGAGCAACCACAUUUGCAGAAGAAGGUGGUGAAGCCUUACGUUCCUCCUCUGUCAUACCCUCAGAGGCUGCAAAGAGAGCUCAAGGACCAACUCAUCAACAAGAAGAGAAGCUGGAAUGAAAAGGAGACAGUGAUCUUGACACAAGAAUGUAGUGCUGUAAUUCAAAAAGGUCUCCCACGAAAGCUCAAAGAUCCUGGGAGUUUCGUCAUAUCAUGCACCGUAGGCAACAUGACCUUAGAAAAAGCUCUCUGUGAUUCAGGUGCCAGCAUCAAUUUGAUGUCUCUCUCACUAAUGAAAAAGCUUGCAAUAGAGGAUGUUAAACCAACUAGAAUGUCACUUGAAAUGGCUGAUAGAUCACUCAAGAUACCUAAUGGAGUUGUAGAGAACUUGUUGGUAAAGGUUCGAGAUUUCAUUUUCCCUGCUGACUUUGUUAUCUUGGACAUGGAAGAAGAGGGACACAACUCAAUUAUUUUGGGGUGA